CCGUGGGCGGCGGCGGUGGCGCGCAGCGACACAACGUCCCGAGACGAGGACGAGCGAGCGCGGAGCCCGCACCUCCCCGCACAGCCCGCGCCGCGCGUCGGGAGGAGCGGCCGCAGCCGCCGCCGAGCUCGAGCCGCGCUCCCUCCGCGUCCUGUUGGCGCUGCUCCGGCUCCCGGCGCCGCCAUGGCCCUGGCAGUGUGGUCGCGCCUCGGCCGCAUCCUCUGGCUCGCCUGCCUCCUGCCCUUAGCCCCGGCUAGGGUGGCCGCAGGCCUGUUUGAACUCAGUCUCACCACUGAUGGCCCCAGCACCACGGGAGCAGAGGCGACCAUCUCGGCCAGCCUGCUGACCAGGGACAACAGCAGCUUGGCCCUGCCUGCCAAAGCCCACCCCUACCGCUUCCACUGGAUCCACACCCCGCUGACGCUCAUUGGCAAGACAGAGGAGGAUCUCAGCUCCACCAUCCGCUUGGUCAACAGUGCGCCUGGGGAGUUCCCGGUGUCCGUCUGGGUCACUGCCGCUGACUGCUGGAUGUGCCAGCCUGUGGCCAGGGGCUUUGUGGUCCUCCCCGUCACAGAGUUCCUGGUGGGAAACCUCGUGGUCACCCAGAACACCUCCCUGCCCUGGCCCAGCUCCUACCUCACCAAGACCAUCCUCAAAGUCUCUUUCCUCCUCCACGACCCAAGCAACUUCUUCAAGACUGCCUCGUUUCUCUACAGCUGGGACUUCGGAGACGGGACCCAGAUGGUGACGGAAGACUCUGUGGUUUACUACAACUAUUCCAUCAUUGGAACCUUCACCGUGAAGCUCAAAGUGGUGGCAGAGUGGGAGCAGGCAGAGCCGGAUGCUGUGAAGGGCGUUAUGCAGAAGACCGGUGACUUCUCCGCCUCGCUGAGGCUGCAGGAAACCCUUCGAGGCAUCCAGGUCUUGGGGCCCACUCUAAUUCAGACCUUCCAAAAGCUGACGGUGACCUUGAACUUCUUGGGGAGCCCCCCGCUGACCGUGUGCUGGCGUCUCAAGCCCGAGUGCCUCCCGCUGGAGGAGGGGGAAUGCCACCCCGUCACCGUGGACAGCACGGAGUACAACCUGACCCACAUCUUCAGGGACCCCGGGGACUACUGCUUCAGCAUCCGGGCGGAGAACGCCAUCAGCAAGACGCACCAGUACCACAGGGUCCAGGUGUGGCCCUCCAGCAUCCAGCCGGCUGUCUUUGCUUUUCCAUGUGCCACACUUAUCACUGUGAUGCUGGCCUGCAUCAUGUACAUGACCCUGCGGAAUGCAACUCAGCAAAAGGACAUGGUGGAGGUGGCUGAUUUUGACUUUUCCCCCAUGUCUGACAAGAACCCGGAGCCGCCCUCUGGGGUCAGGUGCUGCUGCCAGAUGUGCUGUGGGCCAUUCUUGCUGGAGACUCCAUCUGAGUACCUGGAAAUUGUCCGCGAGAACCACGGGCUGCUCCCGCCCCUCUACAAAUCUGUCAAAACUUACACUGUGUGAGAACCCCACCCCCAUCUCAGUGUUAAGUGAUUGCCUACUUGGAGCUUCGGGCAGGGUGGUGUGCACCUCUGACCAGGAGGGGUUCACGUGCAAGGAGCUGUUGGCCCUGGCCAGCCAGCCAUCUGUACAGUCUAGCCACUGCCACAAGCCCCUCUAUGUCACACCCCUAGCCAUUUGCCCAUCUAUACAGUCCAGCCACUGAAGUAAGUCCUUCUCAGUUACCCUCAUCCCACCCUGUCCUUAAAGAGGCUCUGGGGAGGACUCUGACACUGGGUGUGUUCCCCGUUCUCUCCCAGGUGGGCAUGGCUGCCCCUUGCCCUUUCUUUUCCUAUGGGCACAUCUGCCAUAUGUGGGGGGGUUCAUGUUUCCCUCCCUCAGGCAGCCCUACCUAAGCCAGAGAGCUCAGAAGCCCACAUAGGGUUAAGGAUCCAUAACAGAGGGACACACACAGAUGGGCAUGCUCACAGAUGAGCAUGCAUGUGCACACACACAGAUGGGCAUGCUCACAGAUGAGCAUGCAUGUGCACACACACAGAUGGGCAUGCUCACAGAUGAGCAUGCAUGUGCGCACACACAGAUGGGCAUGCUCACAGAUGAGCAUGCAUGUGCGCACACACAGAUGGGCAUGCUCACAGAUGAGCAUGCAUGUGCGCGCGCACACACACACAUGUCACAUGGGCAUUUCAGACGAUUUGCUCUGUAUCUGUUAAGUCAGUUGCUGGGCUGCACCCAUUCAGGACGAAAAUCAAAUUGGAUUUUCUCCACUUGGCCCUGACAGGUCCUGGGCGCAGCCCCACUCUUUGUGCAUUUUUUUCUGCAGCUCCCUCACCCAUUGUAGGGCCACCCUGUUCCCUGCCUGCUUGCUGGGGGCCAGAUGGGGGCAGGACCAGCGCUUUGUGAGUGCAGAAACCCUUAUGUUAAACGCUCACUGAGGAAAAGAAGGGUGGAGUCAGGAUCCAGUGGAGACUUGGGCCCCUGUCGGUGGAGGGGGGCGUUCUUGCCGCCCAGCUGCUUCCCAGGUGGCCUUGAGAAGGAAGAAGUGGGCUGGCAGUGCUGAGCAGGGGACCCAGCCCACACCCUCCCCUCUGGCCCAGUGGCCUGGGAGAGGCAGAGGCCGUGGAGAGGGCAAGUGACGACACCGAUGGGGCCAGGGCUGAGGCCCAGGUGUGCCAGGAGCAGCCUGAGCCUGCCCAGCCAGGGAAGGACAGGACCGUGGGGUCAGGGCUCUGUCGCUGUAACCGUUCGCUUCCAGACUUUGUGCUGAAAACAGCAUUCACACUGUCGUGCGGCUCAUUCUCAUGAAAUACUGCCAUUGUCGCUGAAUAAAGCUUGUGUGCUCUGAAUAUAGCCAAGCAUAGACACCAA